AUGGAUCCUCAAUUAUACAAUGCAGCCCAAUCAGGUGACUCAGAUGUUAUCAGACAGUAUGCAGAUCGACUUGAUUCUCAGCUGACUCCGAACAAUAAGACAGUCCUUCACAUAUUAGCACAAUUCUGUGACUCUUCAUAUGCUGUUGAGCAGAUUCUUGGAAUAAACCACUCCUUGCUGUGCAAACAAAAUGCAAAAGGCGAUACUGCCUUGCAUGUAGCUGCUAGAAAAAGGUACUCUGGUGUCGUGCGAGCUCUUAUUGAUUGCGCAAAAGAUGGUGAAAAGCCUGACAAACAUAACUCUAAAGGGUGGAUAAAGAUGCUGAGACUGACUAAUGACGGGAAAGACACAGCCCUGCAUGUGGCUGUAAGGACAAUCUGCUACGACAUUGUGGAACUCUUGGUAAAACAAGAUGAUGAGCUUCCACACCCCCGGAACAAGGCAGGGGAGUGCCCUCUUUAUCUUGCUGUUGAGAGGGGAUAUCAUGAUAUUGUGGAUCUGAUUUUAGGAACUUGUAAAUCACCAUCUUAUCAUGGUCCUCAUUGUACAACGGCCUUGCAUCGUGCAGCAAUUGGGAACUCCUCAGGCAAGUUGCCAAACCUCACAAAGGAUGCAGAUCGUGAUGGACAGACUGCAUUACACGUUGCUGCAAAACUCGGUCACCAGGAAGUUAUAAAAUUACUACUGUCAGCAGAUAAGUCCAUGGCCCAUAUCAGGUCUUACAAGGCUAACUCCAAGACGUCCGAGGCAGCCCUACAUGUAGCAGUGAAGUAUGGGCAUUUAAAUGUGAAUAUUAAAUAUUUCAAAAAUUCGGGCCUCACCGAAACCGCGACCGAUAUGCCGAGAUCGAUGUGGAACGUGGCGAAAAAACAGAAACAAUUGUUGGACUUCAUCUUAAACAACGUUUGGGGUUCUGAACUCAUCAAUGAGAGGGACCUUGAUGGAAAUACUCCUCUCCAUCUUUAUGCUGCUACUAAAACUUUGGAUGGCUGUAAUCUCAUAAGUCACAUUCAUGCGGAUAAGAAUGCCUUCAAUUUUGCUAAUUUCACUCCGCUAGAUGUGGUCGUACAAGCUCCUGAUCAGACUGAAAGACUAAAUGUAAUCAAGGAUGAGCUAGCGAGAAAUGGUGCUACUCGAGGAUUUCGAUUCACUUUUGCGGCUGGUUUUACUGUUCCAGUAGGGUAUGAAAGUAGUGAUGGUCCAAAUAAAGGCAUGGCAGUUCUAAGACACAAGCCAUCUUUUAUUGUCUUCGUAAUUGCUGAUAUGAUUGCCUUGGGAUACUCCUCAGCAGCAGUUUUUACACAAUUUAUGUUUUCACCUUCAGAGGGUGAAUACUUCUUAUGGCACAGUUUUCCUACUACACAUGGGAACAUUAGAAUUGCCCUGAUAGCAAUGGUGACUGCAUUUAUUUCGGGCCUGUUUGCUGUGCUUUCAUCACCGCUCAAUAACGCUGGAAAUCGGUGUAAGAUCAUUUUGUCAGUGUGGCCCGUGUGGGGUGGCGGACUUGGAUUUGCAAUUGGUAGGAUCCUGUAUUAG